UCGAGUCUCCUCUAAUGGACUCCAUUUAAUAUACUUUCCAUCCCUCUUUUCUGGGUUCUCUCUUAAUUUUUUUUUUUAAUUUCUGCUGUUUCACGAUUGCUUUCAAUGGCGAAGGGCCGACGGUUGACCACCAGCAGAAGCGAACGGUUUCUAGGAAGUUACAGUUACGGACACGGUCAAACUUACACUAUCGCCGGCGAUUCGGAGCUUCGAGAGGAAGAUGUUUGGUCGAUGGCCGAUAACGGCACCGACCGUGACGACCACUCCGAUAGUAACGAGAUCAGGAACUACGAGACGAGAGGUGGCCGCCGCCGUAUCCCCCGAGGUGGUGAUGGUGAUGGUCAUGUGGGUGGGCUUUCUUUGGCCUUCGAGGAUUCUUCUUCGACGAAACGUGGGAUCGUGCACCAGUACCGUACCGGCCACGACACCAUGGCGCGGGAGGCCGAAGCGCCACGUGGACGAAAAUUGGCCACGUCGGCGCCUUUGAACGUUCCUGACUGGAGUAAGAUUUACAGGGCCGACUCGCUGGAGUCGAUGCAUGACUCGGACGAUGAUGGUGGUGAGUCGGAUAUGAUGCCCCCACAUGAGUACCUGGCGCGUGAGUACGCUCGGAGUAAGAAAUCGGGUGGGGCUUCGGUCUGUGAAGGCGUGGGUCGAACCCUUAAGGGGCGAGACAUGAGACGAGUCAGGGAUGCAGUAUGGAGCCAAACCGGGUUCUAUGGUUAAUGUUAAAUCAAUCUGUUUAACCAACCAACCCCCCCCCCCCCAAGAAAACAUAUUAAUUAUUAUAUAUAUAUAUAUAUAAAAACUUGAGCAAUGAUUCGGCUGAGUCAACUCAGUAGCGAGUGAGCUCAAGCAAGCAGGAUUUUGAAUGAGGGGACCUAAAACAAUUAUGUUCUUAAAUUGAGAUUAUAAAUUAAAGUGUAUUUCCAUCUUAUAUUC